GGUAUUUGAAUACGAGCAAAAUUUGAGAAAUUUUUGUUGACUGAAAGAAGUAAUGGGGAAAUUUGAUAAGAUUGCAUUGUUGUUGUCUUUGAUAGUGAUAACAAUAUGGUUUCCAAUUGUGGUUGAAUGCGCAAAGAAAGCAGUAGGAGUGGCAAGAAAAGAAGACAUUCCGUAUAUAAGAUGUCAGGUGUGUGAAAAGCUGGCGUAUCAGCUAUACCAUCAUGUUCAGAACAAACAAGCUGAGAUCUCUCCAAAGAAGAUCUCAGAGUAUCAGAUAAUAGAGAUUUCAGAGAAUGUAUGCAAUUUAAAGAAGCAGGAAGCUGAUUGGAUUCUUAAAAUUGACAUAGUUGAACAAGGUGAUAGGUUGGAGCUGAUUGAACAAGACUCUGAAGGACAAUGUAAUUCAGAAUGCAAAACAAUAGAGCGUGCUUGUCAAGAUGUGAUGGACUAUUCUGAUACAGAUGUGGCAGAAUAUUUAUAUAAAACCAAACCAGAUCUUGACUCCUUGAAAAGUUUCCUUUGCAAGGAUUUGACCAAAGUUUGUAGCAAGGCACCACCUCCAGUUCCUAAGAAUAGAGUCCCAGGAGAACCUUUUGUUGCUAAGUCCUCAAAAGAGGCUGAAAUGGAAAAGCUAAUGCGAUCCAUGCAGGGUAUGCCUGGAGCCCCAGGUAUGCAAAUGUAUUCUAGGGAAGAUUUAAUGAACCAAAAGUUUGGUGAUGAAGAUGCUGAUGAUGACGACGAUGAUGAUGAAGGAGGCUUCCCGUCAAAAUUGGGGAAGGUUAUUAAAGAAAAAGAAAGUAAGAAGAAUGAUUGGAAGCAAAGGAUCACAAAAGGAAUUCAGGAUACAAGUGAAACUCUGAAGAAUCACGCUAACAGAGUAUCCCACGGGAUGAGAAAGUGGUGGGGAACGAAGAAAGCACAAUGGAAGAAGAGUUCCAAAACCGGUAAGGGAGAGCUAUAAUGAC